AUGUAAAUGCGAAUGGAGAUUAUGGAUUAAAGAAUUUGGUUAUUAAGAUAAAAGAUUUUUUCAAGAAAUAAGUCCAAGUUUAGAGCAAUCCAAUAAAUUGCACCACUGCUAUAGAUAAUUUCAAGCAGCUAAACAAGUUGGUUUGACGCCUCUUUUCCUGCAUCAAAUAAUUCUAUAUCUUGGCAAUCAACAAUCUAUACUACUAAUAAGUUAGCUUCUUAUGCAAAUACCAAAUGGUUAAGGGUUCAAGAAAUAUGCCCAAGUUGUUCUCUUUUUGGCACAUCUGAUUACUUGAGUGAUAUCGAUCAAGGCUAAGUUGGUGAUUGCUAUUUUCUUUCCGGAAUUACUUCUGUUGCAGAAAUAGAUGCCAGAUUCAAAAAGAUUUUUGUGAAUGAAAGAAAUAACAGCGCUGGUCUCUUUGCAUUCAAUGUAUUUAUUAAAGGAGCUCCAGCUAUAGUUGUAAUUGAUAGCUUGAUUCCAAUAAAAUCUUCAAAAACUCCAUUAUUUGCAACUAUUGGGACUGAUUAAUCUUACUGGGGUGCUUUAAUAGAAAAAGCUUGGGCAAAAGUGAAUGGUAACUAUGAGAAGAUUGGAAGCGGCUACAAUUAUGAGGGUGUUGAAUUUUUAACUAAUGCGCCGUCCAAGAGAAUAUCUAUGACUUCACUGAAACCUGAUACUAUCUGGAAACUGGUGAAAGAUGCAGACGAUUCAAACUACGUCAUGAAUGUUGAUACACCUACUAAUAAUCUUGGUGAUAAAGCUGUCUGUUCAUUCAAUCUUCCUUGCCAGCAUUCUUAUUCUCUAUUAGGUGUCUUAGUGAUUAAUGCUGCAGAUAAAUCAUAGAUCAAUCUAUAUAGAAUAAGAAAUCCAUGGCAAAGGGAUGCAAACUUCAGUGGAAAAUUUAAUGAUACUGCCUCUAUUUGGAAAACUGUUGGUCUAGAUGGCAAAACUUACGCAAGAUAAGCAGGGCUUGUGAUUGCUGAAGAUGGAAUAGUAAUGAUGACAUCUGAAGAAAUGAUCUCAGCCUUUUCAUCAAUAACAAUUUCUUACGUCAAUGAUACCUGGAUGACAUCUUGGUAUGACAAAGUGAAAGACUAAGUAAUGUCAAACACUGUUUCAUCGAAGUAUUAUUUCUCCUUAAAUCAAACAACAUAUAUGUACAUAAGAUUAGUGCCCUAUAACUCUAGAAUGUAUUCCUUGAAUUGUAAAACUGUGAAUUAACUCAUAAUCUUAAGAUUAAAGAAUCCAGUAACUUUAAAAUAAAUAGCAUUUUCUUCAAAUUAUGAGAAUGCUAAUUAUGGCCUUAAUUUCUCAGUAAGUGGAUUAGCCGCAGGAAAUUAUCUUUUAGAAGCUUAUGUUACCUGGGCUGCUGGUGCUGUAAAAGACUAUAGCAUUGUAAUAUUGGCUCCUUUUGAUAUUCAAAUUACAGAUUCUAAUAAUAAGACAAGCAGACCUACCUCUCAUGAUUUUUCAAUUAAAGAAUUAAAGACUAUAUAGCCUAAAGUAAUUAUUGAGAAUAAAAAUGUCACAACUAGCUAAAUCAAGACUAAUUCUACUUAAAUAAUAAAUACAACUCCUGUUACUAACACGUCCAUCUUGCCUGAUAUAACAUAGAAAGGACCAGUUUAUUCUUUUACAAGCAAUCUCACUCUUGACUAUGUGAAAAUGAGAAAUUCCUAAUCAUUUGCCAUAUCUAAUGACUUAAAUGGAUAUCUGUAUGGAUAGUAUGUUUAAUUAAUCAAAUAUACUAAUGGUAGCUCCAGAUAUGAACUUAUGUAUGUGACUGGUUUAACAACAAAAGAUAAAUCAUAUAAGUCCUCAGUUAAAAUAACAUCUGGGCUUAAUCCUAUAAUUUACAAUCAUUCUCCUAAAUAUCAAAUUUGUACGACUAGUAAGAGCAGUAGAAACAGUACUUCAGAAAUUCUUGAAUGUAUCUGUAACAUUCCAAUAAAUGCUUAUCCUAAGGAAUGUGGUUUUGCCGUUUUACUUCCAAUCGGUGCAGCGUUUAUAAAAUCUUAUACCGCAACUUUAUUUUGA